CAAAAGUUGAAAGAGGAACGUGAAGCUAAGCGGGCCCAGCUAGAUGGAAGACAUGACUACAUCCUCAGCAUUGUGGCUUCAUGCCUGGGACUGGAGAAAUCUGAUGUGGAAGAUGCCACACUGGAGGGAAAUCAGAUUGAACGCAUGGAGCAAUUAUUUGUGGCUGAGGGUCUUCCACACCUCAUGUUCUUCUAUCAGGACAUUGAGCCAGUUGAAGCAGCAGCAGCAGCAGCCCCUGUGCCCUCCCAGCUUGUUGCCCAGAAGCCUGGUUGCAGCAAAAAGUCCAAAGUGUUUGUGACAGACGGGAGGGAUGUAGCUUUGACCGGAGUGUGUGUCUUCUUCACCAGAGCCAACACUUCUAAGGCAAUCACCUCUGAGAACAUACACAGAGAUGUCAAUUUUAAUAUGUUGGACACAACAGAGGGGGGUCUGUUAAAAAGUGUGGAGCAGUUGCUCUCAGAGAUCUUCAUCCCUACACUGUCAAAUAUGAACCACGGCUGGGGGGAGCCUGCCAGUCCCCAGGCCCAGGCCGUCAAACAGGACUUCAUAGCAUCAUUGGAAGGCUUUGUGUCUGUUUUGGCUGGAGCACAGGAGAGCCUGCAAGAAAAGGUUACAUUGAAGGUGUGUGACACAUUUGACCUGCGGGUGCUGAAAGGCCCAUCUGACUACGUGGCAGCAGCCAACAGCACAGAGACCACAGAAAAUAUAGAGGCCUGCAUGAAAGUCUGGAUCAAACAAAUAGAACAGGUUCUAGCUGAGAGUGACCAGCUGAGGAAGGAGGCCGAUGACCUUGGCCCUCGGGCUGAGCUGGACCACUGGAAGAAACGAAUGUCGCGCUUCAACUACCUUCUGGACCAACUCAAGAGCCCCGAUGUUAAGGCUGUACUGGGAGUUCUCUUGAUGGCCAAAUCUAAAAUCAUAAAGUCGUGGCGAGAACUGGACUCCAGGAUAACUGAUUCAGCCAACGAGGCCAAAGACAAUGUCAAGUAUCUUUAUAGCCUGGAGAAGUUUUGUGACCCUCUCUACAACAGUGACCCUGUUUCAAUGGUGGAUGCAAUCCCUGGUCUGAUCAAUGCCAUCAUGAUGAUUCACAGUAUUUCUCGCUACUAUAACACAUCGGAAAAGAUUACGUCACUUUUUGUCAAGGUGACAAACCAGAUGAUCACAGCCUGCAAAGCUUACAUCACCAAUAUCAGCUCUAAUUCAAUAUGGGACCAGCCUCAACAAGUUGUAGCUGACAAAAUAAAAGCUGCCAUCCACCUAAACCAGGAGUAUCAGCGGUAUUUCCAUAAAACCAAGGAGAAGUUGGAACAGACUCCCUCAGAGAGACAGUUCGACUUCAGUGAGAUGUACAUUUUUGGGAAGUUUGACACAUUCCAGCGACGACUCAACAAGAUCCUAGAGAUGUUCAGCACCAUUUUUACCUACUCUGCCCUGCAGGACUCUAAGAUAGAAGGACUGGAGAUAAUGGCCACCAGGUUUCAAGCUAUUGUUUUGAACAUGAAGAAAAAACACUACAGUUUCCUAGACCAGAGAAGAACUGACUUUGAUGUUGACUAUGAAGAAUUCUGCAAAAGCACCUCUGAGCUACACAAUCAGCUGAAGAGUUUCAUGGAUAGCACCUUUGAAAAAAUUCAAAAUACAGAGCGAGCUCUGAGUGUGCUGAAGAAAUUUGAAAGAUUGGGCAUCCCAGACCUCGGCAUUGAUGAGAAGUACCAGCAUAUUCUGCAGAACUAUGGCCGGGACAUUGAAAUGAUCUCCCGUAUCUACAUGAAGCAGAAACUGGAGCCUCCGAUUGGUCGAGACUUGCCCCUUGUGGCGGGUCGUAUCAUGUGGGCUCGACAGCUGUCAAGCAGGAUCCAGGGUCCCAUGGAUCUCUUCCAACAGCAUCCUGGUGUUCUUUCCACUCCAGAGGCCAAAAGGGUCAUUAGGAACUUUAACAGGGUAGCAAUGGUCCUGUUGGAGUUUGAGAUGCUCUACCAUCACAGCUGGAUGCAAAAGAUGGAGGUUGCCCGGGUUGGCCUGCAGGCCUCUCUGCUCGUCAGGUCUCCUCAGACAGGGGAGCUGUUUGUAAACUUUGACCCAGAGAUUCUGACCCAGAUAAGGGAGGCGAACUGCAUGACAAAGAUGAAUUUGGAGAUACCACCAUUUGCUGUUCUGUUGCAGCAGAGACAGGACACCCUGAAAAGGAACUACAACAGAUUACAGUUAGUGUUGAGUGAGAACACAAGAGUGCGGGCUAAGAUUCAGAGUGCUUUUGAACAGCUGGCAAUGCCACAUGUUGCUAAGGUGGAUGAGGCUAUACAGCCGGGAUUGACCUCUAUCAACUGGACAUCUAUGAACAUAGACAAGUACAUUUGCCGUAUUGAAAAGGCUUUGGUGAACCUGGAGCUGACGAUGGACAGGGUGAAUGACUUGGUGGAGUUUAGGAUAGAUGCGGUACUGCAGGAGAUGAGUACAUCCACAUUGUGUGUCUUGCCAGAGGAUGAACCAGUCACCUGUGAGGAGUUUGUUCAGACCACCAGGGAUAUGUGCAUAAGACAAGCCCAGAGUCUCCACACUAAGAGUUCACUAGUGGAAGAGGCUGCUAAUGAACUGAUCAACAUGCUGCUGGAGUUUGACCAUAAUCAGAAAGAGGAGCUGGAGAAGGUCGAGGAAGAAAGCUGUGCUGAGAGCAAGACCAUAGACCACCUUGAUAGUGAAGGUGAAGAUGAAUGCCGGUCAGAGGGCCGUCUCUUCUCUAGAAACACCUUGCUGCCUCCUGCCAGCGUUGGCCCUUCUUCUCCGUUGGUGAGGAGGAAGAAGAAGAGGGACUUGAUGGAAGUGAUGGAGGAAGAAGCCCAGGAGCUCCUUUCCUACUUCAACCACCGCAAUGUGGAUGCUUUACUCAGAUUGACGCGCAACACCCUGGAGAUGCUGCGCAAACGCAUCCACGCCUCCUCGCUCAUGCAUUUCUUGGUUGAGAGUGACUCACGUGUAAAAAGCAGCGGUCAGCAAGCAAUCUUCAGAGUAGAUGUGACCCUUUCCAUUCCUAACAUCGCCAUGGUUCCUGCUUUGGAGGAGGUCCAACAGGCUCUAAACCGGGCUGUAGAGUGUGUAGUCAGUGUCAGCAAAGGAGUUGGUCAGUGGAGCAAAGAGAGGAUCUCCAAGAGAAAAAUGAACGAGAGGCGGAUGGCUGCUCUGAAACAGGACAGUUCUGAGAGUGAAUCAGAGGAUGGAGCAACCACUUACAGGAGCCUGGCUGAUGACAGCACCUCAGAUAUGUCAGCAUCUGUGAUCCAGGCUAUCCCAUUCCAAGCUAGAAACUACUGCAAGAGUGUGUCUGAGAACAAGGAGAUAGUUAAACUAGUGUCUGUUCUCAGCACCUCCAUCAGCUCCACCAAAAAGGAAGUGAUGACUGCUCUGGAUCGUUUUAGCCGUUACCAUCACAUCUGGAGAAAGGACCGUGAAGACACCAUGCGAAAAUUCAUCGAGGGCAGUCCCCUGCUAUCAGAGUUUGAGAGCCAGAUUAUUUUCUAUCGAGAUCUGGAGCUGGAAAUAAACUCUGAACCAGAGUACAUUACUGUAGGAGCUUUGGCUCUAUUCACAGCGGACCUGAAGAUGUCCCUCACCGCUGAAACCAAGAACUGGAUGGUGGACUACGGACGGUACUGUAACAGGAAAUAUCGCUCAGACAUGGAGCAGAUUUUUGCUUUUGUUGAUGAAGCGGGAAAGAAACUGAAUCGGCAGAUCAAAGACCUGGAUGACAUUCGCAUCGCCAUGGCAUCUCUAAAGGAGAUCAGAGAGCAUCAAAUAUCUAUUGAUUUCAAAGUCGGUCCCACAGAGGAGUCCUAUGCCAUGCUUCAUAAAUAUGACCUGUCAGUGGCAAAAGAGGAGGCCGAUAAGGUGGAUACGCUGCGUUACACCUGGGAGAAGCUUCUGUCCCGGACCACGGAGGUACAGAACGAGCUGGUGGCCUUGCAGCCCAACUUCAGAGGAGAGCUGGUCAGCAAUGUGGAGACCUUCGUGGAAGACUGUCAACACUUUUACCAGGAGUAUGACAAGGAUGGCCCCAUGGUGGUGGGGCUAGCUCCUCAGGAUGCCAGCGAUAGACUCAUCAUGUUCCAGAAUCGAUUUGACAACCUGUUCAGGAAGUACAUCACUUACACAGGUGGAGAGGAGCUGUUUGGACUUCCUGUCACCCAGCAUCCCCAGCUGUUGGAGAUUAGGAAGCAGCUGGCUCUGCUGCAGAAGUUGUACGGCCUUUACAACAAUGUCAUUGAAACAGUCAAUGGUUACUAUGAUAUCCUCUGGGCUGACAUCCAUAUUGAGAAGAUCAAUAAUGAGCUACUGGACUUUCAGACGAGGUGUCGCAAACUGCCCCGUGCUCUAAAAGAGUGGCAGGCUUUCAUGGACUUAAAGAAAACAAUAGAUGAAUUCAGUGAGUGCUGCCCCCUGCUGGAACUCAUGACUAACAAAGCUAUGAUGACUCGCCACUGGAAGAGAAUUACUGAGGUUACUGGCCAUACCUUUGAGGUGGAAACUGAGACAUUCAAGCUACGCAACAUCAUGGAGGCUCCUCUGCUCAAGUAUAAGGAGGAGAUUGAGGAUAUCUGUAUCAGUGCGGUGAAAGAGCGUGAUAUUGAGCAGAAGCUGAAGCAGGUGAUCGCUGAGUGGGACAACAAGACCUUUACGUUUUCCAACUUUAAAACCCGCGGGGAACUACUACUGAGAGGAGACAGUACAUCAGAGAUCAUUACCAGUAUGGAGGACAGCCUGAUGGUUUUGGGGUCUCUCAUGAGCAACAGGUACAACACCCCGUUCAAAGCCCAGAUUCAGAAGUGGGUUCAGAAUCUUUCCAACACCACUGAUAUCAUAGAAAACUGGAUGACCGUCCAGAACCUUUGGAUCUACCUGGAGGCUGUGUUUGUGGGCGGAGACAUUGCUAAACAGCUGCCUAAGGAAGCUAAGCGUUUCUCCAACAUCGACAAAUCAUGGGUGAAGAUCAUGAUGCGAGCCCACGAGAUGCCCAAUGUAGUACACUCCUGUGUGGGGGAUGAGACUAUGGGACAGCUGCUUCCUCACCUCCUCGAACAGCUGGAGAUCUGCCAGAAGUCACUUACAGGCUAUUUGGAGAAGAAGCGUCUGCUGUUUCCUCGUUUCUUCUUUGUCUCUGACCCUGCCCUGCUGGAAAUCCUGGGCCAGGCGUCUGAUUCCCACACCAUCCAGGCUCACCUUCUCAACGUCUUUGACAACAUCAAAUGUGUCCGAUUCCAUGACAAGAUAUACGACCGUAUUAUGGCUGUGUCCUCACGGGAAGGGGAGACAGUGGAUCUGGAGCGUCCUAUCACAGCAGAGGGGAAUGUCGAGGUUUGGCUCAAUGCUUUGCUGAAGGAAUCACAGAGGUCUUUGCACCUGGUGAUCCGACAGGCUGCGCUGACCAUCCAGGAAUCUGGCUUUCAGCUCAUCGACUUUCUCAACUCCUUCCCUGCUCAGGUGGGCUUGCUAGGUAUUCAGAUGAUAUGGACAAGGGACUCUGAAGAGGCCCUGACCAAUUCUCGAUAUGAUCGCCGCAUCAUGGCAAAGACCAACCAGCUGUUCCUGGAUCUGCUCAACACACUGAUUGACAUGACAACAAGAGACUUAGGGGCUGUGGAGAGGACAAAGUACGAGACCCUCAUCACCAUACAUGUCCACCAGAGGGACAUAUUUGAUGACCUGUGCCGGCUCCAUGUCAAAAGCCCCAGUGACUUUGAGUGGCUGAAGCAGUGUCGUUUCUACUUCAAUGAGGACUCCGACAAGAUGAUCAUUAACAUCACAGACGUGGCCACUGUCUACCAGAAUGAAUUCUUGGGCUGCACUGAAAGGCUUGUCAUUACCCCGUUGACUGACAGGUGCUACAUUACCCUCGCCCAGGCUCUCGGUAUGAGUAUGGGGGGGGCCCCUGCUGGUCCUGCAGGAACAGGUAAGACAGAGACCACAAAAGACAUGGGCCGCUGUCUUGGAAAGUAUGUUGUGGUCUUCAACUGUUCUGACCAGAUGGACUUCAGAGGCUUGGGAAGAAUAUUCAAAGGUUUGGCUCAGUCUGGUUCGUGGGGCUGCUUUGACGAGUUCAACCGCAUCGACCUCCCAGUUUUGUCGGUGGCGGCCCAGCAGAUCGCAAUAGUUCUCACUUGCAAAAAGGAACGUCGCAAAAACUUUGUCUUCACUGAUGGAGACACUGUGGAAAUGAGCCCCGAGUUCGGCAUCUUCCUUACUAUGAACCCAGGUUAUGCCGGUCGCCAGGAGCUUCCUGAAAACCUGAAGAUCAACUUCCGCUUUGUGGCCAUGAUGGUUCCUGACCGUCAGAUCAUCAUAAGAGUAAAACUGGCCAGUUGUGGGUUUAUAGACAACAUGGAGCUGGCCCGCAAGUUCUUCACUCUGUACAAGCUGUGUGAGGAACAACUCUCCAAACAGGUUCACUAUGACUUUGGCCUACGGAACAUCCUUUCAGUGCUGCGAACACUGGGAGCAGCCAAGCGAGCCAACCCCAGUGACACAGAGUCCACCAUCGUCAUGAGGGUCCUCAGGGACAUGAACUUAUCAAAGCUGAUUGAUGAGGAUGAGCCGCUCUUCCUGAGCCUGAUCGAGGACCUUUUCCCUGGUAUCCAACUUGAUAAAGCAGGCUAUCCAGAACUAGAGGCUGCCAUCGACUUACAGGUUGAGGACGCAGGUCUGAUCAUACAUCCUCCCUGGAAGCUGAAGGUCAUCCAGCUGUUUGAGACUCAGAGGGUCCGGCAUGGCAUGAUGGCCCUGGGGCCAAGUGGGGCUGGAAAGACAACUUGCAUACACACAUUGAUGAAAGCAAUGACAGAGUGUGGUCAGCCUCACAAAGAAAUGCGCAUGAAUCCGAAAGCCAUCACAGCACCUCAGAUGUUUGGUCGAUUAGAUGUGGCGACCAAUGACUGGACUGACGGCAUCUUUUCUACACUUUGGAGGAAAACCCUGAGAGCAAAGAAAGGUGAGCACAUCUGGAUCGUCCUGGAUGGACCAGUUGAUGCAAUCUGGAUUGAGAACCUAAACUCAGUUUUGGACGACAACAGAACACUUACACUGGCAAAUGGAGACCGUAUACCCAUGGCACCCAACUGUAAAGUGGUUUUCGAGCCACAUAACAUUGACAAUGCCUCCCCAGCCACUGUCUCACGCAAUGGCAUGGUGUUCAUGAGCUCUUCCGUGCUCAACUGGAGCCCCAUACUGGAGGGCUGGUUGAAAAAACGUGUCCCCCAGGAAGCAGAGGUGCUGAGAGAACUGUUCUCCUCCUCCUUUGCUGAGCUCUACCGCUUUAGUGUGCAGUCACUAGAGUUUAAGAUGGACAUGCUGGAGGCCUUUGUCAUCAUGCAGUGCAUCAACAUGCUGCAGGGACUCAUACCACAAAAGGAGCAGUGUGGCGAGAUAUCCAGAGAGCACCUGGAGCGGCUGUACGUCUUUGCCCUAAUGUGGAGCACUGGAGCAUUACUUGAACUGGAUGACCGGAGGAAGAUGGAGAUCUGGCUCAGAGGGAACAACGAUAUCCCUCUUAACUUGCCAGACAUUCCUCCUGACAGCGACAACACCAUGUUUGACUACCAUGUCACAGCAGAUGGUCAGUGGGUCCACUGGAGCACCAGAGUAGAGGAGUAUGUUUAUCCUUCAGAAUUCACCCCAGAGUACAGCUCCAUCUUGGUGCCCAAUGUGGACAAUGUUAGAACAGACUUUCUAAUACAGACCAUCGCCAAGCAGGGCAAGGCUGUUUUGCUGAUUGGAGAGCAAGGAACAGCCAAGACUGUUAUCAUCAAGGGCUACAUGUCAAAGUAUGAUCCUGAGGCCCACAUUGGGAAGAGUCUCAACUUAUCUUCUGCGACCACACCACUCAUGUUCCAGAGGACAGUUGAGAGCUAUGUGGAUAAGAGGAUGGGGACAACGUACGGACCCCCUGCUGGCAAGAAAAUGUCAAUUUUUAUAGAUGACAUCAACAUGCCUGUCAUCAACGAAUGGGGAGACCAGGUGACUAAUGAGAUUGUCAGGCAGCUGAUGGAGCAAAACGGGUUCUUCAAUCUGGAGAAACCGGGAGAGUUCACCAAUAUUGUGGACGUUCAGUUCCUAGCUGCCAUGAUCCAUCCAGGAGGCGGUCGUAAUGACAUCCCACAGAGACUGAAAAGGCAGUUCUCCAUUUUCAACUGUACCCUGCCCUCCAACACUUCCAUUGACAAGAUAUUUGGUGUGAUUGGCAUCGGCCACUUCUGUGCACGUCGUGGAUUUGCCAAUGACGUUCGUAGCACCAUACCUCGUCUGGUGUCUCUGACCCGCCGGCUCUGGCAGUUGACCAAGGUCAAGAUGCUUCCAACUCCGGCCAAGUUUCACUACAUUUUUAACCUAAGGGAUCUGUCCAGAAUUUGGCAAGGCAUGCUUUAUACCAACCCUGAGGUGGUCAACUCUGUUCAGGUGCUGCUGGCAUUGUGGAAGCACGAGUGCAGUCGUGUGAUAGCUGACCGUUUUACCAUGCCUGAAGACGUGGAGUGGUUUGACCACGCUUUGGCAGAACUUGUAGAGGAGGAGUUUGUCGAGGACAACAAGAACAUAGCGGAUUAUGGAGAAGGACUAAACAGAUUCUUUGUUGACUUUCUACGAGAUGCACCUGAGGCUACAGGAGAAGAGCCGGAGGAAUCAGACUUUGAUUUGCCCAAAGUGUACGAGCCUAUCGAAUCGUUUGAGAGUUUAAAGGAGCGCCUUAACAUGUUUCUGAGCCAUUAUAAUGAGAGCAUCAGGGGUACUGGCAUGGACAUGGUCUUCUUUCAGGAUGCUAUAAUGCAUCUGGUCAAGGUGUCGAGGAUAAUCCGGACGCCUGGAGGAAAUGCCUUGUUGGUGGGUGUUGGGGGUUCAGGCAAACAGAGCCUGACCAGACUGGCCUCAUUCAUUGCUGGAUACAAGAUCUUCCAGAUAACUCUCACACGCUCAUACAACACAGCCAACCUGAUGGACGACCUGAAGGGUUUGUACAGAACAGCUGGCCAACAGGGCAAAGGCAUCAGCUUCCUCUUUACUGACAACGAAAUCAAAGAGGAAUCCUUCCUCGAGUACAUGAACAAUGUCCUGUCAUCUGGAGAGAAGGCUGGGGACGUUGCUCGCCGUUCCCGCAUCGGCUUUCCAACCAACGGGGGGGACGAUGCACGACCUGCUGGGUCGACCAGCAACCCGAUUGCUACCUCGUGGGCUUAUUUCUUCGGGGCGUGCGGCUGUACGUCCCGGCUGUACGUCCCGGCUGCGCUGGCUGACGACGACUAG